AUGGUCAAGCUUCAUAAGCCAAUGAUGUUGGUCCUGCUUGAAACAAAAAUGGCAGACCACAAAAAGCUCACUGAGGAGCUUCAAUUUGAUAUGCAUGUCCAAUUCCCUGCCGUUGGCUUUUCUGGAGGUAUUGUAAUCAUGUGGAAAGAAACAUCCAUCCAAGUGGAUGAGAUAGCUGUCAAUUCACAGGGCAUUCAUGCCAUGGUUAAGGUACUGCCUUCAAACCCACCCUGGUUACUUUCUGCUAUUUAUGCUAGCAAUGUUUUAGAAAAUAGACUAAACCUUUGGGAUAAUCUGCUUGACAUCUCCCACACUCAUCUGGGGAGCUGGUUUGUGGGGGAAGACUUCAAUGAAGUCCUCAAAGCUGAAGAAAAAUUUGGGGGCAACCCCAUCAAUACACACAGAAGCAACUCCUUCUGGAACUGUAUUAAUAACUGCCACCUCAUAGAUCUAGGUUUUAAAGGCAGUAAGUAUACCUGGUCUAAUAAGAGGUACAAAACAAGAAACAGCCUCAUAUUAGAAAGAAUAGACAGAUGCCUCGCUAAUAACCAGUGGGUAAAUCAGUACCCUGAAGCCAACAUCACACACCUCCCUAGGACUCAAUCACACCAUUGCCCCAUGCUUGUUAGCCUUAGUAAUGCCAGUCCUAGUCCUAUAAAUAAGCCAUUUAGGUUUGAAUCCAUGUGGUGCAGCCACCCAAUGUUCCAAAGCUUGGUUAGGGACUCUUUUAGCCCAAACUCUACCUUAAUCCCCUCCACAGCCCUGUUUAAAGCAAAAGCUGUUAGUUGGAAUAGGGACACCUUUGGCAACAUCUUUCACAAAAAAAGGAGACUCCUUGCAAGGAUUGCAAGAAUCCAGAAAUCUCCCCAUUACCCAACAAGUACAAACCUUCAAAGUCUGGAAACACAACUCAUUGAUGAGCUUAACUCAAUAUUGAAAAAUGAGGAAGACUUUUGGAAGUUGAAAUCCAGAAUCCAAUGGCUCUCUGAAGGAAAUGCAAAUACCAAUUUCUUUCAUGCAUCCACCCUUAAUAGAAUGAGGAGAAAUAAAAUACUAUCUCUCCAGAAUGACAGUGGUCAAUGGAUGUUUGAAGAAGGAGAAAUCCAUCAGGCUAUCUCCUAG